AUGGCGUAUCGUUUCGACGGCCUGGGCUCCUUUGAGCGGUUGGAUUGGGACCGUCUGAAGGAAUUUGAGAAGGGACGGUUGUUGCAGCAUACCCCGUCUCAACUACAGCAGGCGACGACGAUUCAGUUGCAACAGCAGCUUCACCCCUACCCCCACCACCAGCAGCAGCACCAGGUGCAAUUCCAGAUAUCCCCCCGAGAAUCAGACGCAGCGCGCUCGCCGCCGCCAGCGGAAAAUCCUCACCAUCCGAUCUCCAACCAAACAGACUCAGGCGGCUCGUUGGACGCAGCGGGUUUCUUUCUCCCCUAUCCCGCGCUCGCCGUCUCUGGGGCUGUAGCAGACCCCGCGGCGGGUGUCGCUUCCGCGGCUGUAGCGCCCGUCGCUACAGCCGCCGCGGGAGGUCUCCUGACACAGCCAGGUGGCGAGUUCUCGUGGUUCCACGUGGAGAUCCCGCGAUCCUGCCCGUCGCUUUCCGCCGCGGCUCGCCAGCUCAUCACGCAUCUGCACCCUCCGCUCCAGCUGCAGGAGAUUACGACGCUUCUAUCCAACGGUCCGUAUUGCGGAACGCUCGGCGGCGCGCUGUUUGUGCGGAUUAAUUCCCCCGGGCCUAUGGAGAGUCCGUACACUUUUAAGAUCGCGGCGCGGAUCACGCCGUUUGGAAUAGGCACCAGCGCUACAGUCACACCGCAUACCAGCGUGCCUGGCAGCCCGUCCGACACGCCCCGACCUCUCAAAAACAGCGUAGGGGCAGGAUCAUCCUCGUUAGAGGCUUCCGCGAUAGCAGCAGCAGUGGCAGACGGGGUGGGGACUACAGGAACUAGUGGAGCAGGAGGAGCAACGGUAAGAAUUGAGACUGCAGCCGUUUCUCUCAGACAGUCACACUCGGAGAUAGAAGAGUGUGUGACAAUAGAGGGGGGUUCGCUUUCCUCCGGCACAAUAGAGGGGGGAUUGCCUGCCUGCGGUUCUGGAGUGAGUCAGGUGAAGAGCGAGGGGAAUCUGGACCGAAGGGGGCUGUUGCAGGGGCUGGGCAGCAGAAGCUUCGGAAUGGGCAGUCGAGGGUAUGCUAGUGAUGCUGGCGGGGGAGGAGUGAGAUGGGGGGCGGGUGCGGGUUUUUCUGGUGCAGGCGCUUCUGGGGCAGGUUCUGCUGGAGGAGGUGCAUCUGGGGACGCGGGUGGGGUUGGGGGGAAGCGGAGUGGCGGGGUUUUGGCGCGAGUGGGGAAGGUGUUGGAGGCAAUGACGCCGAGGAGGAGGGAGGUGCGGGAGGAGCAGGUGGAAGCACACACGACCAUCGAUGUGGACGAUGCGGUGAGUGCGUGCCCCUUGCUGUGCGUGUGGUUAGGGUGCGUGUGGUUGUGUGUCUGGCGACGUGUGGUGCCCUAUCGAGUGGGGAAGGUUUUGGAGGCGAUGACGCCGAUGAGGAGGGAGGUGCGGGAGGAGCAGGCGGAAGCACACACGACGAUUGAUGUUGACGAUGCGGAGCUAGAGGAGCUGCUGCGGAAGAGCCAUCCAGAGAACGCCGAAUGUCUGAUUCCCGUCACGGUGUUUGGACUGCUGCAGCACAUCGUUGAGACGCACAUGGAGCACCUGGAGGACGUGGUGGAGUUGGAAGAGCUGCUACAGGAAAUCCACCCGGAGAACGCCGAAUGUCAUUGUGACAUAUGCCCCACCUCUUACCCUUUGCCUUUCCCUUCCGUCUCUCCUACUUAUCGGCAGGAGUUGGAAGAGCUCUUGCGGAAGAGUCAUCCAGAAAACGCCGAAUGCUUGAUUCCUGAGUUGGAAGAGCUCUUGCGGAAAAGCCACCCGGAAAACGCCGAGUGUCUCAUCCCCGUCACAGUGUUUGGGCUGCUGCAGCACAUCGUUGAGACCCACAUGGAGCAUCUAGAGGACGUGGUGGUGGAGGUGGAAUGCAUGCUGGAUCAACACGAAAGAGACCUGGAUGAAGGCUCUGACCAUCGUCUCCGGUUGCUCAAGGAUAGAACCUUUCCCAAGCUACAUCUGGACUUGCAGAGAGUGCUGCAGUCGCUGGCACACGGGGAGGUCGUGCUGCCGAAGCUGAAGGACAGGCUCGUGGCUCGGAGCUGGUGCGCCGGACCUGUAGCUUCGGCGGUGCUGGACGGGGCCAUGGCUCGGCUGAGGAGAGGCAAGGAGAACGUUGGGUUUCUGACAGCGAGGAUAACGGCGCUACAGACGGGGCUGGACCAGUGGCAGUCAGAGCAGAUCAACAAGAAGCUUUACUACAUCUCGUUCCUCUCCAUCGUCUUCCUACCACUUUCUAUUAUCACCGGAGCCUUUGGCAUGAACGUGGGUGGGGUUCCCUGGGUGCAGCAAACCACCAACGACCCAAACGUCACCAAAGGAUUCAUCAGCGUGAUGUGGAUCUGCUUCUAUGUGGUGAUCGCGCUGGGUGCUGCUUUUGCCGCUCCGUCGGUGUAUGCGUAUGUGAAGGAGAGAUUAGAGGAGCGGAAAAGAAUAGGAAAGGAGUUGUGGGAACGAGCUCGCAAGGUUAUGAACGUGCUGAAGCUUAGACCCAGAGGAGUAGGGCGGCUUGGAGAGGGAUACCGCUGGCACGAAUCCGAUGAGUAG